AUGUCAAGCUCAAAACGCGGUGCAUUCAUUGUCAUCGAGGGACUAGAUAGAUCUGGAAAAAGUACCCAAGUCUCUCUCCUCCGCGACCGUCUACAGGACGCGGAAAAUGCAGGGCCUACAAAGGUAGUCAUGCUACACUUCCCCAUCCGCACGACAGCCAUCGGGAAGAUGAUCGACGCGUACCUCCAUUCCGAAUCUGAGCUAGACGACCACACCAUUCACCUCCUCUUCUCUGCUAACCGCUGGGAACUUGCAUCUACGAUUACAGCUCAUCUUGCACAAGGGACGACCGUCCUCGCUGAUCGAUACGCGUUCUCUGGUAUCGCGUUUUCAGCUCGUAAGGGACUACCGUACGAAUGGUGUCGUGCUCCCGACGUUGGACUGCCCGCGCCAGACCUUACACUAUUCCUUAAUAUCAGCCCAGAGGUUGCAGCUACGAGGGCUGGAUAUGGGCUAGAGAGGUAUGAGAAAGAAGAAGUGCAGAAAGGCGUGAAGCAAGUCUUCGAUAAAAUUGGGCGGGAGAUGCAGGAAGACGGCGGGAGUGAGGGCAAGUGGGUGGAGAUUGAUGCAGGGAAGACAAAGGAAGAAGUUGCAGAAGAUCUCUGGAAAGCGGUCGAACCGCUUGUCAAUGGCGUUCAAGGAUCUAUCGGUAGGCUAUGGGAAAAUCUCUAA